AGCGGCGGCGCGCGGGGCUCUGUGGGAGCGCGAGCCCGGCAAGAUGGCGGAGUCUGCAAAUGCCAGCCAUGAAGUCAUCAAUGCCACCCUCCACGCUAUGCUGGCUGCUACGACCAAGCUGGUGGCACCUACACCUCCCAAACCCAUCCUCCCCGUUCAGACUGGAGUCCAGGCACAGCAAGAGGAACAGUCUAGUGGCAUGACGAUUUUUUUUAGUCUUCUUGUUAUAGCUAUUUGCAUCAUAUUGGUGCAUUUACUGAUAGAAUACCGGCUUCAUUUUUUACCAGAGAGCGUGGCUGUUGUUUCCUUAGGUAUCCUUAUGGGAGCUUUUAUAAAAAUCAUAGAGGCUCAAAAGCUGGCCAACUGGAAGGAAGAAGAAAUGUUUCGUCCAAAUAUGUUUUUUCUGCUUUUGCUUCCACCUAUUAUAUUUGAGUCUGGAUAUUCACUGCACAAGGGUAAUUUUUUUCAGAACAUUGGUUCCAUCAUUCUGUUCUCAGUAUUUGGCACUGCAAUAUCAGCUUUCAUUGUAGGUGGAGGAAUCUAUUUCCUGGGCCGGGCUGAUGUAAUUUAUAAACUCAACAUGACAGACAGUUUUGCAUUCGGCUCUUUAAUAUCUGCAGUUGACCCUGUGGCUACUAUUGCCAUUUUCAAUGCCCUUAACGUGGAUCCUGUGCUUAACAUGUUGGUUUUUGGAGAAAGCAUUCUCAAUGAUGCAGUUUCAAUUGUCCUGACCAACACAGCAGAAGGUUUGACAAGGGAAAAUAUGUCAGAUGUAAGUGGAUGGCAAACCUUUCUACAGGCACUGGGAUACUUUCUCAAGAUGUUCUUUGGCUCUGCAGCACUUGGCACACUUACUGGUCUUAUUUCUGCAUUAGUACUAAAGCACAUUGAUUUAAGGAAGACACCUUCCCUAGAAUUUGGGAUGAUGAUUAUCUUUGCUUACCUUCCUUAUGGACUUGCAGAAGGGAUCUCACUCUCAGGUAUCAUGGCAAUCCUGUUCUCUGGCAUUGUGAUGUCUCACUACACACACCACAACCUGUCCCCAGUGACACAGAUCCUGAUGCAGCAGACACUCAGAACUGUUGCUUUCAUGUGUGAAACGUGUGUUUUUGCAUUUCUUGGCCUGUCAAUUUUUAGUUUUCCUCACAAGUUUGAAAUGUCCUUUGUCAUCUGGUGCAUAGUGCUGGUUCUGUUUGGUAGAGCAGUGAAUAUUUUCCCACUUUCCUACCUACUCAACUUCUUCCGUGAUCAUAAAAUCACUCCCAAAAUGAUGUUUAUCAUGUGGUUUAGUGGAUUACGUGGUGCCAUUCCCUAUGCCCUCAGCCUCCACCUGGGCCUGGAGCCCAUGGAGAAGCGGCAGCUCAUCGGCACCACGACCAUCAUCAUCGUGCUGUUCACCAUCCUGCUGCUGGGAGGGGGAACCAUGCCCCUCAUCAGGCUCGUGGACAUCGAGGACUCCAAACCACGCAAGAGGAACAAGAAGGACGUCAAUCUUAGCAAGACAGAGAAGAUGGGAAACACUAUAGAAUCAGAGCAUUUAUCAGAGCUCACAGAGGAGGAAUAUGAAGCCCAGUACAUAAAACGCCAGAACCUCAAAGGCUUUAUGCGGCUUGAUGUUGAGUAUUUGAAUCCUUUCUUCACCAGAAGACUCACACAAGAAGACCUGCACGACGGGCGCAUCCAGAUGAAGACCCUGACCAACAAGUGGUACGAGGAGGUGCGCCAGGGCCCCUCGGGCUCCGAGGACGACGAGCAGGAGCUGCUGCAGCAGAGCGGGGCCGGCGCGCGCUGAGCCCCCCGCGCCUCGCCGAGGGGCCCAGAGCCCCACUGCACCGCAGCUGCUGGGCCAGGGGUGAACUUUGACAUUGCAGACACGUCCUGGGCUCCCUGCUUAGUGAAACCCACAGCUCUGCUGUUACUGUUCAGGAAGGGAAACCCACAAGGGUCACACGCUGGAUGGGCUGAAGGAAGAACCUUUUGUUCAGACUUCACUGCGUAGCAAAUUCCAGGCAGCCCGUUGUAAAGCAGAACCAUCUGCCAGGAAAUGAUGGCAUUGUUAAUGGGGGGGCUUCUUCCCAUCCCUAAACCUGCUGCCAGCACACCCUGCAGCACAGGGCCCUUGGGUGGCUCUGCAAAACAGAAGGAAUUGCACUUUACCUUUUAUAUAUAUAUAUAUAAAAAUAUAUUCAUUCACAGCAUGAAGAAUCUUGACAGUUUAUACUGUGAAUUUGUUUCAGCACUAGUAAGGGAAUCUGACUGGAAGAAAUGUAUAAUUUAUGGAAUUUGCACAUUUUGAACCCAGAAAAGAUGCAUAUCUUGACAAGAGCAGAUGUUGCACACACAGGGAAUCACCUCUGAAAAUGUAGUUUUGUCACUUAAAAGAUUCUUGAUUUCUGUUUUAUGGGAUUUUUUUGUUUUUAUACUAAGGGAUCUAAUCCAUGGUACUGAUUGUAGCGUGGUUUUGGGGAAGUGGGGGCCUGUGACAGCACAGAACUGCGUUUGAAAUUGUAGUUUCUUUUCUUUGGCUAAAGCCAGUUGCAGUUGGGUUUCUGUAAUUGGCAGUUGCUUCUUGCUGGCACUUUGGCUUCAAAUCUUAGGAGAGAGCAGCUUCUGUUUUGCCUAAUUUACGAAGUGUCCCUAACACUCCAGAAUUCACCAGUGAAAUUUUUAAGCUUCAGUGGAAGAAAAUGCAGCAUGUACAUGAGGAAAAAGAGCCUAUAAAAUCUAAUCCAGGUACAGAAAGAUUAAUAUUACACAUGGCUGAAGCAGCCUCUGCUGGGACGUGCCAAACAGCUUCCAUUAAGCUGUCCCAUUCUUUCUCUUCUGCUUACACUGUUUCAGAAUCUGUGGUAUCUCUGCAUUUGUCCUCCAUGGCCCAGUGUUUGCUCAGCGUUGCCAACACCUGAACGUUUGUUGCACAUUUGCCAUGGUGACAACAGGCAGCAGUUUGCUCCCACUGCCAAAUUCCUCCUUGGUCAUUUGCAUAUCCACUGUCAGGAUGUGAAUUACAGUUCAACACCCAAAUCUGAAAUGCAGAUGCACAUGUUUAUUUCUGAAGAUGUGAGACUUAGUUUUGGUCUGGUUUUGCUACUGCGCUUUUUAAUCCAUUGCUUACCUACUGAGAGAAUAAAAGUUCAAGAAUGUAU